AUGGGUUCAAUCGGCCCUUCCAAGGCCGAGCAUCAUCGGGUCAUUAUUGUUGGUGCAGGCCCAGUCGGAUUAACAACCGCCACCAAUUUAGCAAGGCUUGGGGUCCCCGUCUUGGUCCUCGAGAGGAACCAUCAAGUCGAUCAAUCUCCUCGCGCCGCGUCGUAUCAGCCUUGCGCACAAGCAGAGCUGCUAGAAACAGGCACCUUGGAUGACGUCAGGAGGGAGUCUGUCGUUAACGAUGUGGUUUCAUUCUGGAUCAAAGGCAAAAAGGUGGCCUAUGUGGAGAAAAGAGAAGGAGGCAGCCUGUUCCCGUCGGGCAUCAAUUGUCCUCAGCCAAGACUGGCCGCUAUACUCUUGCGCCAUCUCACAACAAAAUAUAACUCGGAAGUGCGGUUCAAUCAGAAAGUGAUUGAAAUCUCUCAGGACGAGAAACAAAGCCUGGUGUCCUUAACCGCCGUGGACCCAACCACCAACCAAGAAACUCGGUAUACCUGCGACUGGCUGGUAGGAGCAGACGGCGCCGGGUCUAGCGUUCGCAAACUGUCCAACAUUCCCUUUGAAGGAUUCUCCUGGCCCAAGGAAGACUUUGUGGCCACCAAUGUGCGGUUUGAUUUCUUUAAACACGGGUUUAACACGGCAAAUCUGAUCCUGGAUCCUGUGCAUUGGGCCGUAGUCACCAUUCUUGACGACACGGGCCUUUGGCGGGUAGCGUUUGGUGUUAGAGCGGGCUUGACGAACGAGGAAAUACGCGCCGAACUUGACGAGCACUACCAACAUAUCUUCCCUGUGUGGCCUGUGGAGUAUGAGUUGGUGCAGUUGAACAAGUACAAGCCGCAUCAGAGAUGUGCACAGGCAUUCAGACUGGGGCGGAUAUUGUUAGCUGGUGAUGCUGCACAUAGUAACAAUCCCAUUGGAGGUCUAGGCCUAACAACAGGCCUGUUAGACGCAGGCCCCCUUGGCCGCGCUCUGGGUGCUGUCAUCAACGGCAAAGCCCCCGACUCAUUGCUUGACACGUGGGCCAAAGCUCGUCGGGACAAGUGGCUGAACUUUACCAAUGAGUUUUCCAUCGAGAACAAGCGCAUGUGCCAGCUGGGAGGAUACAGCGACGAUCCCCUCGGGAUAUGGGAGAUUGACGAUGUGGCCAGAGAGCACAAGAUGGAGCAAUGGCUGGCUAUGGCGACGCCGGAGAAGAAGGAGGCGGAUGCCAGGAUGUACAAGGCGCUGGAGGACCCGCAGGCGCAGCUGGUCAGUCGGAUGAAGCAGUGGGAGAUCACGAUGGAUCCCAUGUGGAUGGCGCAGUACGAGGAUCCGGAGCUGGUCAAGUACAGGGUAUCACUGAGGCCGGCAGUGCUUUCGGCGCCGGAAGCCGCGACGUGAGGAGUUGAAGGGAGAACCGAGUUUGCGUGGUUGUGCGAUCGCGAGGUAGCGGUUGGUGACUGAGGUGAGUAGACGAGCUUGAUAUUGAUACCUUGCAGACAUCUACGUUCUGCACAGGAAUAUACAACACCCCCUGCCAUCGAA